UCAUAUUUAGAUUUAAGUAACAAAUCUGAACAUCUAUUUUCUUUUUAAAUACUGAGAAAUAUUAGAAACAUAGACAGCAUUGUUGUUUGCCUAUUUCAGCCAUAUGUAUGAGAAAAUGUGUCUGCCACACAAGGAAACCAAUUUAUGUAAUCAUUUCCACACGUGCAUCUGGAUGUUUCCAGGAAAAUUGUACAGUUCUUGCAGAAACUGCACUGCAGUUCAAUAUGUUGAAAUAAAAACCAGCAAAACUCACUCACUAAAGAACAAUUUGACUUUACAUUUUAUUUACCAUUUGUAGUUAUGAUACUUUAUGUAAAUUGAAGUAAAGUUAUCACACAGGCACAGAUGUGACUACAAUAUUGAGAAGGGUGCAAAAAAUCUGACUUGCCAGAAUAUUGUCAUCUACAGCAGUGAUGUAUUGUUUUUUUGUUUGUUUGUUUGCUUUAUUUGUUUGUUUUCAAAAGUUUUUAAGUCUUUUCACUCAAGAAAUUACUGCCAUUAAAGUUUUGUGCAGGUAGAUAUAGGGAUUGUUGAGAAUUUAUGAAAGAGGUAGAAUGAAGAUUAGACAUUGGCAAUUCUGUGAAUUCAGUGUCCUGGCACCUAAUAAGCAUCAUGUAUGCUAACACAGGCAAUGGUUUUUGAAUGCAUCCUGAAUGCUAAUGCUUAGUUUGACAUUUGGAUGAAAAUUAUUUUACUCAUUUGACAUGUUAAAUAAUUUCUUAAGACUGAGUUGUUAACUUUUUGAGCUGCUCAGCCUCUCAAAUUACAACCCUAGAGAUCCAAUCAUUUUGAAUAUGUCCUGCUGUAUUUAACUCCCAGCUGCAAGUAUCUAAAGGGGAUAUCAUAACAGGGCCUGAGGCAUGGAGCUUGGUGCCCACUUGGGUGUUACUAAUAGUAAAUGUAAAAAAUUAAAAAUUAAAAAACAAAAACAUUUCUUCUCAUUUGCUGAUAUGAGCUGUUGUAGCAUUGGUGGAAAAGGAGGUGGAGGGUGCAUGUGUUUGCGCCCCAUAGCUCUACAUAAACCGAUUGCAUCCCCAGAUUUAUCCUCAAGGUGUUUUUAGGACAUUCAGGAAUCUAAUGGACACUAAUAGGCUUAGCACUUAGAGGUGUAUUGUACGGGGUGCUUACUGGCAAGGUUUGCUGAGGGUAAAACUCUAAACCUUCAGAUUACCUCCAACACAUCCCUUUAAAGUGCUGUAUAGCCAGGACUUAGCUAAUAGGAUCCUGGGGGUAGUGGGGGCCUGAGAAGGUGGGGAUGGGGGUUGGACAGGGCAAGAAGGUCAGCAGAUGUAGGCAGCAGACUGUUGCAGGGCUAACAGGAGGAUUACAGCCCUCAGAUUAUACGGGUUUCAGAAGGAACUUGAGGGACUGUGGAUAAUGCACAGAGCCUCAGGGCAGUUCUUAUAGCAGCAUUUGUUUGGGGGAGGGAGAAGCUAAAAAAAACAAGUACAGUUUAUGCAUGCCCCCUACGAAGACAGAUAUGUAACAAUGUUUUAACCAGCACAAGCUAAUAUAUACAAGGAGGUAGUUUGCGAAUUUCAGGAUGGUGCGUGUUCAUGUUCAUGUAACCAGAUGCCUGUCACAGACUGGCCUUGGAUUAGCAGAGCUGGAUUAAUGUAUUGUUUACACUAUCAUAUUUUUAAUGAGAUUUCUGCAGUAGAGAUGGCUAAUUAAAGAUGCUUAAGUUGACAAUACUUUUAUAUACAGGCUGCUGGCCCUGCCAAUAACAACAAAGCCAUUUGAGAUAAGUGUGUGUCUGUUUUCUUUAAAAGAUGAGAACAAUUCUGCAGUGAGGAAGCAUUUUUGCAGGUCAUCACAUGAUAGGAUUUGGAUUUACAGGUUUAGGAUCAAUUUGCAUUCCAGUGAAGGUUAGCGUUAAGGUGGGUUUAAGAUUAAUACUUAAUGCUAUACAGGUGAGAAAAGUGAGAGUAGGGGUCAGAGGUUACUGUGCUAGCUGUACAGGUCCAGGCAUCGUCUAUUAGAGCACAUCUCCGCCACUAAAAAUUCAACCAGUAAGUUCACAAUUCAGGUGUUUCUGCAACAGCAGGAAUAUUUAGUUGCUGCUGGAAUAAAGUGUUUUCAGCAGUCUUAAAAUAUCACUUUUUUAUUUUUUUGUAUACUUGUAGAAUUUAUACAUGUGAUAUUAUGCAGUCUUAGUGUUCAGUAAUCUGCAGUUAAAUGUUACGUGUGAUGGAUAACUGCUGCACUCCAGUGGUCAUGAGAGGAAACUACAAAAACAUAGCUUGUACUGUGUACCUCAUCUUGACUUUUCAAAAUCACAACCAGUUAAAGUUCAAGUAUUAACAUAACAUCUGCCAUUUUACUUUAAUUUUCCCUAAACAGAAUCAAACAGGUACAACAGAUUUUAGGACUUUACAGUAUUUUUUCAGAUUGGUAAAAAUCAUAUUAUUAAUGUGAAUCUUCUUACUAACAGUAUUCGCCUGUAGGUGGAAGGCUGUGUGCAUGCCAUGACCCCACGGGAGCAAUUGAGGAAGAUGACAACGCUAGGAGAGCAAGGAACUCUGGAUGAAAAGCACUGGUAUCGACUGGUUAACGGCAUGUCAGCUGGAGAGCUGAGGCAGAGGCAGGAGCUGAUAAUGAGGAACCAGAUGGCCAUGGCUCCACAGAUCCUUGCACAGGGGCAGCAGAGGUUACAGGGGGUACCGGCACAGUUCGAACCUCGCUUCAUGGAAAGGGAGUUGGUCCCUCCUAGUGAGAUGGUAGCAUCUGAUGCCAGACAGAUGCACAUGGGACCUCACCUCGGUCCCCCUCUACCCCACCAUGGUAAUGUUCUGCCAGGGAGAUCAUUUCCCGGACCAGCUGGCUAUGGCUUUUUGCCCUCCGAACCCAUGGAAACAGUUGCUCGGCGACAGGAACUCAUACACAAGCAAAAUAUAGCCAGAAUGGAGAUGAAUGCCAUCUUGCAUCAGAAAGAGCUGGAGAAUGCUCACCAGAAAGGACUGAUGGGAAUCGAAAAUCCUAUGUCAUAUCCCUCCAACCCCAUGUUGUUCAGAGGUCGUCAGCGCAUGCCAGAUGGCCAUGACGUCUUCAUCCACCGACCAUCCCUGGAUGAGCUGCACUCCAACAGCAUACUCAUGUCAGCCAGCCCUUACCCACCAAUCAGCACACUGCAGAGAGAGAGGGGACGGAGGGCUGGAAGGAGGCCGAAUGUUCACAAGAGUACAGAGAGCCAGGUGGCCAACCUGAAGGGCCACACUGAAGAUAAAAGUGUAGAGCAGAGCCCAGAAGCCACAUCAGGGGAAGAGAAAGAGAUGGAAGCAAAGGAAGAUUUGGGAGAAGAAUGCCCCACCAGUAAGACACACCAUCAGAACAAAAUAAACUCUGAAAUUACCACAGGAAGCAGAAAGAACUACAAGGAAGGGGAGGCAGGCCUGCGUAAGGCCUGUGUGACCUCUCAAGAUGGGUGUUCAGAUGUGAACAACAGCGGUGCAAAUGAUAAAGACAUAUCCAGCCAAUGCUCUGCUUUCCAGGAGAAAUUCAUAUAUCCCUCCACUGGUGGAGCUCUGACAGGGGUGCCUUACGUGUUCCCAGUCCCUGGAAAUGGUUUCCUUCCACCUGGUCCACCAAAUCUCUUUCUUAAUGGUGAUGAGGUGCCUGAAGACAUAAGGAAGUGGACAGUUAAUGAUGUUUACAACUUUAUAAGCAGUAUACCCACAUGUUCUGAAUAUGCUCAGACAUUCAAGGACCACAUGAUUGACGGGGAGACACUGCCUCUUCUAUCAGAGGAGCACCUACUGGACACACUGGGGCUCAAACUGGGGCCCGCUCUGAAGAUCCGCUCACAGGUGUCACGACGCCUUGGUAGCAUGAUGUAUAUGAUGAACUUACCACUAUCCAGCACCACCCUGCAGACCAACCCUGAAAAGCCUGGAGAUCGUUCUCCAGAGAUUGGUUCCCCUGUUAACUGCAACAGUGAGGACAUGAUGGGGAGUCCGAGAGACCCUGAGGUCCUCAAAUCCACUGAGCACCUCCACGAGGCAGAAAACAAUUCCCCUCCAUCUGCCAGCAGUGAGACAGCCUGAUCGGUAGUAAUAAUGUGGAAAAAUGCUAACUGAACAGGUUUCAACUGCAUCCUCAGAUCUGAUGAACUGCCGCAGUGGUGGAUUUAUUUACAUGACUCACUGAAAUUAAGAUACUUUCCUACUAUUACACAGGUCUGCAACAUGCCCAGAUGUCCACUAAAUAUUUGUAUUUUCACAUAUGUACAUUUUUUAAAUCAUUGGAGUGAGUAUGAUGUAAAAUUUGAGGAAUGCAAUAUUUAGAAAGUUCUACAUGGCUUCUCUUAUCUUUCAUUGCACACAUCAGUGUCUGAUUGUAGCUUUUUCCUAUUCAUUGCUAAAUUAAAUUGUUACAGUAGUCUGAAAAGAAGGAUCAUAGAAAUCAUACUGAAAAACAUUUAAAAUAUCAGAUUAAUAUUUUUUGGAUUGGAUUUUAUUACUUUUUCAUUUGUUGGACUGUAAAUAAAGUGUUUUUCUACAUAGAAACUUGUUGCAGAAGCUUUCUGUCCUGAUAAAUAAACGUGUCAAUAUCAAGUAGUAAAGGUUUCAGGAUUUAUCAUUAUAAAAAUCCAAUCAUUGUAAACCUUUGCAAUCCGUAGUCAUG